GAACGCUGAUUCUUUUCCAGGAAUAUCGGACGCUGAUCCCUGUCCAACCAUAGCGGCACUGCGACCGGGCGGGGCCGCUCAGAAUUCUGAUCAGCUAACGCCUUGCGACAGAGUGCUGAGCGUUAAUGGCAUAUCAACAACGCGAAUGCGACCUGAUGAGGUCACCAGUAUCUUAGACAGCAUCGAGGGCAACACUGUAAUGGAAGUGGAGUACUCUUUGCCCAGUUAUGCGUCGCAAAAUUCACUUUGCGUAACAUCCCAAGUAACAGAAGUUACAAUUGAGCGAAUCGACGGCUCCUUGGGAAUAACCUUAAGGGGCGGAUACAUGCCGGAACAUCCGCACAUGAGUCGUCCCCUAAUUAUCACUCAUGUUCGGCCCAAUGGACCAGCACACAGGUGAGAA